AUGACCGACCCAUCUCCCCUCACAGGCGCCUGCCUCUGUGGGAACAUCACCUAUCGCAUCGAUCUCCCUACCGAUCAGCCUACUCCUCAGGUGAUCCUCUGCCACUGCAUCAGCUGCAAACGCUACACCGGCUCCGGCUUCUCCUCGAACAUCGUGAUCCCCCUGUCCGCGCUGCACUUCCUCACCGGCACCCCAAAGCUCUACAUGAGCGAGUCCGCCGUCAACGGGCUCAUCCGGCGCCAGUUCUGCGGAGACUGCGGAUCCCCAUUGACCUCGGAGCCGAAGGAAGCGGAGGGGAAAUCGAUUGUCGUUAAGUCAGGCACGCUGGAUGAGGAAUCGAGGGAGAGGUGUGCGGGCCUGGCGGUGGAGAUUUGGUAUCAUCGGAAAGACAAUCAUAUCAUUCUCGGCACAAUGGCGCCCCCAACCGCCACCGAAACCGCCUCCGUGACCCUCCAAGCCCGCCAAUCCACCCAAGAAGCGAGUUCCCAAAACGCAAAAGUGAAAAUGGGAAUGCCCAAACCCCCCGUCUUCGACGAUAAGCUCAAGGAACGAGAAUACCUCAAAGGCCGCCUCGCCGCUGCAUUCCGAAUCUUCGGCAAGAACGGAUACGACGAGGGCGUCGCCGGCCACAUCACCCUCCGCGAUCCCGUCGACCCGACAACCUUCUGGGUGAACCCGUUCGGCGUCGCCUUCUCGCAGAUCAAAGCCUCCGAUCUCAUCCAGGUGAACCACGCGGGGGAAGUCAUUGACGGAGGACCCGUGCGGAUGCUCAACGCUGCGGCGUUCAUGAUCCAUGCGGCCAUCCACGCAGCCAGACCAGAUGUCUUGUGUGCGGCGCAUAGUCACAGUCUGUAUGGACGGGCGUUUUGCUCGCUCGGUAGACCGCUGGAUAUUAUUACGCAGGAUGCGUGUGCUUUUUACGAUGACCACGUCGUCUACAAACAAUUCAACGGCAUCGUCCUCGCGGAAGAAGAAGGCCGCAACAUCGCUACCGCCCUCGGCGACAAGAAAGCCGCGCUAUUACAAAACCACGGACUCUUGACCGUGGGUCGAUCGGUCGAAGAAACGGUGUUUUGGUUCGUGAGUCUUGAGAAAUGCUGCCAUGCGCAAUUGCUGGCCGAUGCGGCAGCUGCUGGACGCGGUGGUGCGACGGUAAAGAUCGAUGAUGCCGACGCUGCGUUUACGUAUAAGACGGUGGGAACGCAUGGGGCGGGGUGGUUCAGUGCGAAGCCGUUGUUUGAUGUUGUGCAUGAGGAGACGGGGGGAAAGUAUUUGGAGUAG